ACUUGGAUGACUUAAUGGACAAGCUUAGGCAGAUGAUUAUGAUCAUGUGGAAUCGAAGGAGAAAAGUAGCAAAGAACUUAGCUGGCUUAUUAAUUUUGCCCCACAUAAUGAAGAAGUUGAAUGCAAAGAGUAGAGAGUUAAACUUGGAGGUGGUAGAAAGCUCGGAAGAAGUUGCUGAAGUUACUCAAUUGGGAGGCAGCGGGUUUAGGUUUGUCGUCAACUUGCAUGACAACACAUGUUCUUGUAGACAAUGGCAAGUUUCCGGCCUUCCUUGCAAGCAUGCUCUAGCAUUCAUCACAUCACUUGUCAAUGCACAUAUACAGAAUUAUGUGGACUCAUAUUACUCCAUUGACAAGUUUAGGGCAGCUUAUGGCCAACUAAUCCCUGCUAUGUGUGACAAGACCCAGUGGCCUGAAUCUAACCAUGGAUUCUUCAUGCAUCCACCCUUGUUAAAAGCUGUAGCUGGUCGGCCCCAAACUGAGAGGCAUGAGGGUUGUGGUGAGAAAAAGAGGAAAAGUGGCCAGCACUUGUGCCCUAUUUGCAAGGAAUACGGGCACCAUUGGCAUAAAUGCAAGAAGGGUAACAAAGAUGACAUUGCUGCUUUCAUGGCUGUGAGAGAACCACCAAAGAAGAGGAGGAAGACUACUAAAACAUCCGAGUCAUCCAUUGUGCCAAGAGGUGAUGACGCGCCGGCAGCCGCUAUGUAUUUUCCACCAAGCCAAAACUUGGAAACUACAACCAAGAAGAAGGGAAAGCAUAACCAAACAUUGGAGACUAUAAACAAGAAAAUGCAAAAGGGGGGAAAAGGGCCACAAGGAAGAUGGAGCUUGCUAAAAAGGAUCAAAACAAUCCGAUGGUGCCAUUUGACAGCCCUGCAAUGGGCACUAGAAGCAAAAAAGCUUACCCAACUAGCCCUGCAAUGGGCACAAGAAGCAAAAGGCGACUCAGCUUGUGAACUCCAUCUAAUUUCUUUCACUUAAUGUCACUUUUGUUGCUGCUCAUGUCAUGUUGUGUGGACUUGGAGUAAUGUAUGUGAACCUGGGUAUGAUAUGAGCCACUUUUGGGUUGCUAAUAUGAUGUAUGUGUGGACUUGGAGUAAUGUAUGUGAACCCGGGUAUGAUGUGAGUCACUUUUGGGUUGCUAAUAUGAUGUAUGUGUGGACUUGGAGUAAUGUAUGUGAACCUGGGUAUGA